AUGAGCCUGUUGCCAGUUAUUGAUCCUGGCGCGAUUAAACAACACCGCAUUGCCGUCAAGUACGAAAACAAUUCUCGCCACGUCUCGGCCGCGUUCGCGCUCGGCGUAAAAGCGUUGACUGAUUAAAAACCGUCCUCGUGCGCGUCUCGGAGUUACCUCUAAUCCCGGAGAUUUGGUGCGUGACACGAGCAGGGGGAGGCAUCGCGUUCGCAUCCCGUCGAAGCACCCCGCUGACACGUACUGUCAAGAUGUAGAGGAUCGGCGCCGCGGCAGAGCAACGUCCACCGUGUCGGGAGAGUCGACCCGUGUCGAGAGAGGAAGGAAGAAAGAAAGAGGGAGCGAGAGAGAGAGAGAGAGAGAGACAGAGCGAACAUGUCAUUGGAUUUCCGCGAACGAGCUUGAGCUCGUUGAGGAGUCGAGAUCGCGACGAGCCUAAAUCUUCUUAAAAUCCUGACCGUGAUUUCGCAGAGAAACGUAAAACGGACGGACGGACGGACGGACGGAGGGACGAAACGGCGCGAUUGCACAUGUGAUCCCCCCCGAGUGGCCGACCCUAUUUGGCAGACGCGAUGAAGAAGUUCACGAUCAAGGGUGUACUCGACGGGUUCCGGUCGUCGGUCCCGCAGCCCGUCAAGCCCGACCAAGAGAUCGUCGAGAACCUGAGGACGGAGCACUUUCAAGUUAAGAAGACAUUCAGACACGGUUUUCCGCAUCAGCCGACAGCGUUGGCAUUCGACCCAGUUCAAAGGCUCCUAGCUAUUGGCACUAAAUCAGGAUCUCUCAGAAUUUUGGGUAGACCUGGCGUAGAUGCACAUGUAAAGCACGAGGGAUGUGCGGCUGUAGUACAAUUACAGUUCUUGGUCAACGAAGGAGCAUUAGUGUCCGCUACGGCAGACGACACCGUGCAUUUAUGGAACUUCCGUCAGAAGAUACCGCAGGUGGUGCAAAGUCUCAAGUUUCAAAGAGACAGAAUCACUUGCAUUCACCUACCGCUUCAAAGUAAAUGGUUGUAUGUCGGAACGGAACGAGGAAAUAUUCACAUACUGCACAUUGAAACAUUCGUUCUAUCCGGAUAUGUAAUUAACUGGAACAAGGCUAUCGAAGUAUCUAGAAAGACCCAUCCUGGUGCUGUAGUACACUUGAGUGAUAAUCCUUUAGAUUUGAGCAAGAUGCUUAUAGGAUACUCGACAGGACAAAUUGUUUUGUGGGACUUAAGAACCAAAAGUGCUGACUACAGGUGUCAAACGGAUGAUGCAUUGAAAUCGAUAACAUGGCACCAUGAAGGUAAACAAUUUAUGUGCAGUCACACGGACGGUUCGCUCUCUACUUGGACUGUUCGGCAAUUAAAGCCGACGAAUGUAACAUACCCACACGCAAAAUCCACUAGAGACGGAGAACCUGAACUUUGCAAACCCAUUCAAAAAGUAGAAUGGAAAUUGUCGAGAUCGGGGGAAGCAUAUGUGAUAUUUUCUGGUGGAUUGGCAUACGAUACCACUGGUAGAACACCCAGCAUUACAGUGAUACAUGGAAAAACUACUACGGUGCUAGAAAUGGAACAUAAUGUUAUAGACUUUGUAACGCUGUGUGAUAGUCCAUGGGCUAGUGAUUUUCAAGAUCCUUACGCUGUUGUUGUUCUACUACAAAAUGAUCUGGUUGUGAUAGAUUUGUUAACUCCUGGAUUUCCCUGUUUUGAGAAUCCGUAUCCUAUGGAUAUUCAUGAGUCUCCUGUAACGUGUUGUGCAUAUUUCGCGGAUUGUCCUUCGGAUCUGGUACCUGCAUUUUAUUCCGUUGGAUCCAAAUCGCAAAAGAAAACCGGCUUUAGCGAGAAGGAAUGGCCUAUUUCCGGUGGAGAAUGGAGCUCUAGUUCUAGCAGUUAUAACGAGAUUAUUCUUACUGGGCAUGCUGAUGGCAGUAUAAAGUUCUGGGACGCUUCAGCGGGAACGUUACAAGUUCUUUACAAACUAAAGACGGCGAAACUUUUUGAAAAGACUAGAACGCGUAGUAUAGACUCUGAGGAAGACCCGUUAGCGAUUCAACUUAUCUUCCUUUGUCCUGAAAGUCGAAAAUUAGCUAUUGCGGGAAGCGGCAAACACGUUGUGUUGUUUAAAUUUAAGAAGGUCGAGAGUAUGUCCGAAGUAGUGACUUUGGAGAUAUGCUUAUCGGUGGACCCUUUAAGAGAAGCGGAUAAUUCGCCAGAUCGUGAAUCUCCGGCAACUGGAAACACCGUGGGAAAUGUGGAAUCGAAAACUUCAGAUUUCAAUCAUCCGCUCAAAGUUAAAACGGGUUUGCAAAAGAGAGCUGCUGGUUUUCAAGCAACAUUGAUUUGUUUAACAACGGCACCCAGUGGAGAACUACCGGAAAAUAUUACAUCUCUUAGCUUAAAUUCUUCAUACGGCCUAUUGGCCUAUGGAAACGAGUCAGGGUUAGUGAUAGUGGAUAUCGUGCAGAAGAUUUCUUUAAUUGUAUUAAACACCAGUGAUCUUGGAGGUGGCUCUGAUCCUUAUCAACGCGUCUUACGGAGUCCCAAGAGGCAGGACGACUUAAGACGAGAAAAUGAAGACAAGGCAAGAAGUCCAAGCACAGACCAGAGUCAACGAGAAUCCGCGACGGAAUCCGAGCCCGUAGUUACAAGGAUAGCAGAUUCGAUUCAACAAGUAUGUCUUCGGAAUGAGAGUCAGACUGGAAACAAUAGCGAUAAAUCGAGUGGAGAGGAAUCCACGAACGAACACAAUAAAACGGGGAACGACGACGAGUGCCAAAAAAGUCAAGGAUGGAAGGGAUUUAGUCUCAAGAGACAACUGAGCAAGGUUGAUCUGAAGAUCAAAAAUACUUUUACACCGUCCUCGGUGUCUUCUCAGAAUGAUGGGAGCUCGUCAUCGGGGCUCAUGCAAGUACCCCAAUGCCAGCAGACAAGCAGCGAUACUGGCAAUCAAAAGUCUUCCACAUUUUACUGCAAUGUCACCGAAACGGCCAGCACGAGUCGUUCGCUGUCGCCGGUCGAAAGUGUCGACUCUGAAUCCUCUUUGUCGCCGGAGAAUCAGUCUCCGGGGCACGAGAGUCCUCAGAUCGACAACAGGAAGCGAGAGAUCCAAGAGGCUAGAAGCCCCGUGAGCGAAAACGAGGCCGAGAAAAUGAUAAUAAACGACGGCAAUAUCGGCGUAAAAACCGAGGCGGUGAGACCGAUGAAUCUGUCUUUGCCCGAACACGAGGUAAAACCGCCGCGAUUGAAGCGUAUCGCCAAGCUCAAACAGACAAAGAGAGAGGGUCGUUUGCUCUCAGUGCCGAAUCUGAAAUUUUCCAAGAACGAGCCGACUGUUUGUGACCUAAGAUGCGAAGAGAAUUCUACCUCCGAAUCGUUCACCGGCAAUCUUAUAAGAAGAUUCAGUCGGGUAGACAAAUUCGAUGGUUCCUUCCAACGAUCAAGGAGCUCGAGUAUGUCGUCCCUCGAAAAUAUCACCACAGAAACCAUAAGCUGCCUUACAUUUGCGGAUUCUUAUACGAAAAAAAAUGAUACAAACGGCAUGCCAACUUUGUGGAUUGGCACGUCUCUGGGAUCUGUACAGACUGUUGUAUUCAAUACACCUGCCCAUGGCGAACGUCAUGCUCAUCCAGUGGUUGUGUCUACUUGUAAUGGAUCUACUUUCAAACUCAAAGGUUGUAUCCAGUCCAUGUCGUUCUUAGAUUGCAACGGCGCUCUGAUUCCAUAUUUAUUCGAAUCUUGGAAAGAUGAAAACACGGAUGGCAAGGAACGCAACAAGAGUCAAGGGAAAUGUACCAAUAGCCGAAUGUCACCAUCGGCGCAAGUCAGCGGGGAUAAUUUUGAAGACAGACAAUUUGUUGUGCUUGCAUCGGAAAAGCAAGCGAGAGUUGUGGCGUUACCCUCCCAAAAUUGUGUAUAUAGGCAACAACUGGCGGAAACUCAUAUCGUAAUUAAAGCAGAGGUUACAUCACUGAAAGAUAAUGUCUGUCUGGUAUGUUAUGUUUCCAACGGUCACAUCACGACGUACAGUCUGCCUAGCCUUAGACCGCUGAUAGACGUUGAUUUUCUACCUCUUAUAGACUUGAGUUUUCAGACUACAAAACACGGCAUUGUAGACCCCAUGUUGAGCAUAUGGGGUCAUCAACUCUUUGUUAAUGGCGAUACCGAUCAGAUCUCAAAGACGCUUUGCUUCAGCAAUCGAGGCCAUGGUUUAUAUCUUUCUUCACCUAUGGAAAUUCAGAAGUUCUCCGUUUCGAGUGAAUUCUGUGCUGAAUUGACGGAGAUGAUGGGUGAUCUGUUUAUUGGUCACGAUAUGCCAGAACCGCCUAAAGAAGGUUUCUUUAAAGGUUUAUUCAGUGUUGGUUCGAGAAGUCUCGAUCGAGAGGAGUUGUUCGGGGAAUCUAGCGGUCGUGCAUCGCGCACAGUGGCGAAACACAUUCCAGGACCAAACGAGGCUCUCCGAGAGCGAGUCUCUAGCGCAACGGGAGAAGUAAAUCUGGCACAUCAAAUGGUUGUGGAACGCGGUGAGAAGCUGUCGCAGCUCGAGGAACGAACCGCGCGCAUGAUGUCGGAGGCUGAAAACUUUUCGCAGAGCGCUCACGGAUUGAUGCUCAAGUGCAAAGACAAGAAAUGGUACCAGCUAUGAGGACGUAAUUCGGUUCGAGCCCGGUGAAAUGGCACACGUUUCUUUAAUUAUUAUUUAGCGUUCACGUUUCUCGUCUAUGAGUUUUGUCGUAUUAAGAAACUAAAAAUUAGACGCGUAUUACGAUCCUCACACACGCACACACGAGAAACAUCUACACAAAUGAAAGGGAUAAGGGGAUAUAUAUUAUAUUAUAUGUACAUCUCAUAUGCGAUCACCUGUGCGACGCACACGGUACACACGCACAUUCUAUAACAAGAAAAAAAUAAGCGCGAAAAAAAAUAUAUUUCAAAACGAAUAAUUAUAGCGGUGAUUUCUCAAAUAUGUAAUUAUAGAUCUUUGCGUAUGGAUGAAUAAAAGAGGGACGUCGGCGAGAUUAUGGGAGUUACGGUUUUGUGAUGAGUUUGCGCGGAUGUUGUACGACACAACGUACACGUAUAAUUAUACUUAUAUAAAAUAUAAAGUACUUAUGCAAAAAGAUGAUUGAGAGAGUAUAUACGAGUCAAUAUAAGCAAUUAUGUAAUAAUUCGUCUUUUAACCGGUGGCACUCGUUAAUUCAUUCGGACGUCCUGUGAACGUUUUUAAUGGCGCCUUGCCUUGUUUGCUUCUCAGCAAAGAAUUGCCAAUAAGUAUUUAUGUGAAUGCCACAUUGUUGCAAAGUUUAAGCACUUCUGAAUAUGUAGAAUCGAAUGAAUGCUAAGAAUCGCAUUAGUUUUUAAAUCCUCUAAAAAUAGUACAUACAUAUAUAUUAUAUAUGAGUUCUUAGAUUAAUAUUAUAUAUGUGUUAUAUAAGAAAGAGGAUAUAUUGAAAUAAAAUAUACACACACGGUUACUCAUAUGAUAUAUUAACAAUGCAACUAAAAUUUGCAAUGUAGUAAACAUAUUGUAGAAAAGAAUUGUUUAUUGACUAAUAAUUCUUAUUCCGCGAUGUAAAUUUUAUAAUCGUGUACAUUGUAAGCUGACUUGUAUCUAAGUAUUUAUCAGUACGCGAUCGUAGAUCAUUUCGUAAAUAUAUAUAUAUAUAUAUAUAUAUAUAUAUAUAUAUAUAUAUAUAUAUAUACAUACACGUUAAGGAGUAAAAUAAAAUGUGACCAAUGCGAUUCUUACAAGUUCAUCGAGUGUAAAAGGGAGAUUUGUUAGACUCGAUAGAAACGAUUUUAUGCAUAUACUUUUAAGAAAGUUAUGAACGCAGGCAAGACGGCACAGCGACACCAUUCCGAAUGUAUUGACAAUAAAUUUAGUUAAUUUUUUGGUGAGAGAAAAGUAUGGAUAAAAGUUGAAUGCAAUGAAAUAUAUUUUAUCCAGAAUGGCGGGUUGCGCAGAUUGCAAUAGCUGCUGCACUCGCCACACUGAUAAGAAUGUAUUAGUUGUUAUCGAUUGUAGUAUCGCUAGUAUGCUAUGUAUAUAUAAAGAGAGAUAGAUACUGUAGAACAGAUUCUGCGUUAUAAGCUGUUUAUAUAACAAUGUAUUAUGAGUUACGCUAUUUCAAUGCCGAUGAUAAAUUCAACUGAAUUUACAUUACAUUAAAGUGACGUGAAAUCUACUAUUGUAAUUUUAACACUAUAUAUAUAGUUUAGAUUAAUUAAAGACAAUAUAAAAUAUA